AUGCCAGCAUCUCUACCUUCUCGACCAAUUACGAGCCAUUCCUCUCGCUCGGCUCUUGCUCCCUACCCUUCCUCCCGUCCUUCCGCUUCCAAGUCGAGCAACAGCACGGGCACGGGCACGAGCACAAGCACAAGCACGGGCACGAACAAUCGACCAAAAUCGCGUACCCGUCUCUUCGUCUCCUCUCUUUCGCCAGGCGUAAAUGAAGCAGCGCUGGCUACCAUCUACAAGCCUUACGGUUCUAUCAUUGAUCUUCAUCUCGUAUUCUAUUCGACGGGCGAACUAAAAGGAAAAAGUAGAGGGUAUGCGUUUGUGGAAUUUGCAAGGAUCGAGGAUGCGGAGAUGGCCCGCGUCAACACCGAUGGUAGAUUGCUGGCUGGUAAACAUAUUCGAGUGGGGUUCGCCGAUGUGAGGGUGAGUGGAGAUGUUGAAAAUAAUAACGGGUGGAUGCAUGCGCGGGUCCGCUCAGAUCUGUACAGCCGAUCGUCUUUCAGCCCGAAACAUCGUCCGGCUCGGCCACUCACAGACACAGACAUCAAGAGACCAAGCAGCAGACGACGCUGAGCAUCGUCAAGAAUGCGAACAGGCCGGAAGGGUGAGCAAGCGUCUGGCGCGUUUCGGAAAUGUGCUGGAUCCCUCGUUGAAUGUAUGCUCUCCCCUCUCCUCUGCAUAGUACUGCGGCCAAGAUUGCAGCGAUGGAAGCCAAGUUGGCAGCGAUGAGAUCCAAGGGGUCCGAAUGA